UGUAGUCAACACAUGUGUUGUUGUUUACUGUUCACGAGUUGACACUAUCUUUGGGAUCAAUUCGAGUGAUGAUUGAAAGCGUCAACUCUUAACGAUGACCACUACUCUCGCGAGUUUGGUGUCCAGCUAUCCGUUCAUACAAUACAGUUGUCUAUCGUUUGUCACCAUAAUUGUCACGUUUCGUGUCUAUUGUCAACACUUUGUUUGGACCAAAUGCUCGACGAAGACAUCAUUGAAGGGCAAAACAGUGGUCAUCACCGGCGCGAACAGCGGUGUCGGCAAAGAGACGGCCAGACAGUUGGUCCGUAGGGGCGCCCGAGUGGUGAUGGGCUGUCGCGACGGCGGCGCCGCACACGAGCUGAUCCAACAGCUGACCGCGGAGUUGAAGCCAUCGAAGCCCGACGUGGUCUACAAGAACGUGGACUUGUGUUCAUUCGCUUCCGUCAAGGAGUUCGCCGAAGACCUGAUCCGAACGGAGCCAUCGGUGGACGUACUCAUCAACAAUGCGGCCGUUUUUGGGCCGCCGUUUGGCCUCACAGUCGACGGCUUCGAGACUCAGUUCCAGACCAAUCACUUGAGCGCCGCUUUGCUCACCAUUUUAUUGUCGCCCAAACUGAACACAUCCUCUCAAUCGGACGCCGAUAAGAGUCGUGUCCUUAUGAUUACGUCCACUCUUUAUCGCAAAGGAGUCAUCAAUGAUAACGACUUUCAAAAGGGGUAUGCUUCGGUGGAUAACUACGAGUCGAGGAAAGCCUAUAAUAACAGCAAAUUAGCGAACCUUCUGUUCGCGCGACGCCUUCACAGCCAUAUUGUCUCUCAAAAUCAGAUGAUUGAUGUCUUGAUGGCGAGUCCAGGCAUAGUGUGGACUAACCUAAGCCGCCAUAUGAGGCUCAAGUGGUGGCAAUUAAUACUUUUGUCGCCAUUCGCUGUGAUGUUUGUGCGGACACCAAAACAGGGCUCUGAGACACCCGUCCACUGCGCGACCGCACAGCCGCUCAUUAGCGACACUCUGUAUCGGAACUGUUGUCCACAGAAAUGGGACGCAAUCGCAUCCGAUCCACAACUUUGCGAUAAAGUCUACGAAAUGACGAUCAAAGCCAUUGAGACAUACAUUUGAUAAUCAAAUUUUCAAAAUACUUAAUGUUUGUUGUAAUCAUUGAGUGAUAACAUGAAUGACUCUAUAAACCACUUAAAGCCGUGUUUGAAAUUGGUUUCAAUGAAAAGCAUUUAAUUAUGGUUUCAUU